UCGUGCUCGCACCCACCGUCCACAUUCAACAAUUGUAAGAAAUCGCGAACGGUAUUGUUGUUUCGCGCGAAAAUGGCAGCAACCGGACCACGAGAUGAGACGGCUGGCGUCGAACCCGUCAACAACAAUGUCAUAGCACCAGCAGGCGCUCCGAAACGCUCCCCAUGGAAAGCUUGGAUGUACCUUUGGGAGUGGUAUCCGUCCCACUACCCUGCAGAAGAGCGCAAGCUAUUACGCAAGAUGGACGGUUGCCUAUUAACAUUCUGCUCAUUCAUGUUCUUCUUAAAAUGGCUAGAUUCCAGUAACAUCAAUAACGCUUACUUCAGCGGCAUGAAGGAGGAUCUAGAGCUCAACGGCAACGAGUACUCAUUUUUCAGCACCUUCUAUAACUGCGGCUAUCUCGUCUUCCAAAUUCCCUCGCUUCUCAUACUUUCUAGGCCAGGUCUCGCCAGAUGGUAUCUCCCAACCAUGGAGGUACUGUGGUCCAUAGUCACGUUUUGUCAGAGUCGAAUGCGCAGUGCGAACGACAUUUACGGGAUGCGAUUUCUCUUAGGACUGCUGGAAACUCCUGUAGCAAGUGGUACAACAUAUGUGCUUUGCAGCUGGUAUCGGCCAGACGAAGUGUUCAAGAGAACGGGUGUAUGGUUCGUGAGCAACAAUAUUGCUGUCAUGUUUGGAGGGUAUCUACAAGCAGCGGCUUACAGAAAUUUGAAUGGGGUCGCUGGAAUGGAAGGCUGGCGGUGGCUCUUUAUUAUCGAUGGUGUCAUUUCGCUUCCGAUCGCCUUUGCUGGAUAUCUCAUUUUCCCAGGUCUCCCAUCGAGCAAAAAGCCAUGGUGGCUGACUAUUCCGGAACAUGAGUUAGCACAGAAACGGAUGCUUGACGUCGGCGUUGAACCAAGUGCAAAACUUAGUUGGAAUAUCGUCAAGCGGACGGUGACAAGAUGGGAAUUCUACAUAGGCGUUCUCGCUUAUACAUUUUUCUUGUCAUCCUCUUACCCACACGGACAGAUGGCAAUGUGGCUCAAGUACGUCGGAGGCUACUCGAUCCCCCAGAUCAACGAGAUACCGACUGGAGCUCAGGGUGUUUCUGUAAUUGCGGCGCUACUAGCGACUUCACUCUGCAUGAUCUAUCCAUUGUGGACGAUAUUUUCCAUCGUGCAGAUCAUCUAUCUGUUUGCAAACAUUUGCCUUCUUAUUUGGGCAAUUCCAAAGACGCUACACUUCGCAUCCUUCUACAUACUUGGAGUUUCUGCGGCCAUCACGCCCAUCCUCAUGCCAUUUAUUAAUAUGGCGAUGCGAGACGAUGCGGAAGCUCGUGCGAUUACCGUGGGCGCAAUGUUGACGUCGGGUUGGGCGAUCUACUCCUUCUAUCCGGUCGCUGUUUUUCCGGCCAUCGAAGGGCCGAAAUGGAGAAAAGGCUACUCAGUCAAUAUUGCCUUUGUGUUCUUCACCUGGUUCUUUUUCAUGGUAGGACAGUACCUGUAUAAGCGCGACGAAAGAAGACAGAAAGGCCAUGCUGCCACAAUGCCGGUUUCCGACGAUGAAGAGAGUGCUGCCACUGUUCAGGACAAGGUCGUUGCCAAAAGUUAGGACUUUUUCGCAGAGUAUGGGCCAAGCAUCAAUGGCUGUCACCGCUGUGAGGGGAUACGAGAUGAUACAAUGUAACCAUGCUCUUGACGGAGAUAUCGAGACUCCUACCGCUACGGAAUAGAUUCUUCUUUGGUAUUGACUUUAUCGAUGCAACCUCUGGGGCGCCAUAAUUCGCUAUUUCUUGAUCAUCGAUCAAUGAGUAUGUUGAUAUAUCAAAGUUUUUGUGUUCAAGCCACACUACCUACCUCUAAUAUUUCACGCGCAUCUUUCGCUCUCAUUGCUCUUUUCAGUUGAAAUCGAUACGAUGUCAGCCCCACUGCGUACACUGUCGGAUCUUUGCAUCCCGCCUCCAGCCGCAGACGCUCCCACUGUUAUUGGCGCAAUCUGCAAGUCUUCCCGGGUGAGUUGGACACUGUCUCAAAAUAUUAUUAGUGCAGUGUUCCAUUAAAAUGAGACUGACAGCAACUGGCCAGCCUCAGCGGGCCAGCUUGGCGUGUGAGAGGUCAUAUCCUGAAGCUUUGCUACUGCUGGUUGGCCUUGCCCGGGACAUGAUAUGGGUGGUGCAGGAGCGGUUUUUCGUGGAGAGGCUCCCGUCGCUGUAGGCACAGAAUUGUUUUCAGAGAUAAACUGUUUCCUUUCGACGAUGCGAGGAGGCGUAACGGUGUUGGGGCGCAGCGCAAACACUAUGUUUUUCGG